AUGACAAACGCGACGGCGAGGGAACGCAACAAGGCUGCGGUGCAGCGACUCUUUGCGAGGGGUCGUUCGUCGCCGGCGCCGUGGACGUGUCCCCCUGUGCGCUGCGCCGAUGGAACGCUGCUACCGGACAUGCGACUGAGCAAACAGUGGCAGCUCGCACAAGAGGUGGGGUGCGGGCAUGGCGAUGCCGCUGCCGCUGCUGCCGUCUCAGCCCCACACAUUUGCGCGGCUGGGCCUGGCAGCUCCUCCUGCUCCUGUUACAUCAUGAACCGAAAGAUUGCCCGUCAUGAGUGGGAGACAAACACGAAAGAAAAAAGGAGGCUACAGGGGGGUUCUCCUCGUUCCCAUGAACGCGAGAAGGAGCAGAGGGCCGCAAUGGAUCGUGAGCAGGCAAUACUUCGCUACGAGUUAUCCAUUCCACGCCGGCGUGUUGUGGAUCAUUUACUGCACCUCACCGCGUCCCAGUUGGAUCUUUGCCACACGAUGCCAACGGCUCACACAAUGGAUCGUCUUGUGGAGCAAAAAAAGGGGCGUUGGGUGCUCCAAAACCCCUACCGACAGCUGCUGCU